AUGGCGGCGGCCGCCAGCGCCGGUGGGCAGUAUAAUGUAAUGAUCUAUAAUUAUGUAGUAUAUUAUGCUGACAAAUGUAUUGUAUACUGUCAGGCAGUAGAAAAACAGCUGAAGAUCUGUGGCUUUAAGAGGAAUGUGGAUGUCUUAGUAUUGUAUCUGGCUGGACAAGGACUAAGAAGUAUCCCAAGUCUAUCACGGUUUCAUAGGUUGAGGUAUUUGUGGAUUAACAACAAUAAGAUCCAAGAUUUAACCUUCUUGAUCAAAAACUAUUGCUUGACUGAACUCUAUCUCAACAAUAAUGAACUGACAGAUAUAUCAGGUGCUCUGAAACACUUACAUGCGUUACAGAUUCUGUUGCUUCACAACAACCAGUUAAAAAAACUUGGCAAAACAGUGAAGGAAUUGAAAGGAAUUAUAAGCUUGCAGACCCUAAACCUGUUCCAUAACCCUCUGGCACAAGUUCCAGACUACCGGCUUUAUGUGAUAUACUUCCUUCCUUCAGUACAGCUCCUUGACAGGAAGUCAGUUACACAAAGAGAAAGGGAGUCAGCGCUUCAUCUUUAUAACUGCAAAAGGUCUUGUGUUGUACAGUCGAUAGCUUUUGGAAAGAGAGUAAAUACACUCCUGGGGACUACAGUGGGAUCUAGCAGAUGCACUCAACCAGCCAGAAGACUGAUGAUGCCUUCAGGUUGUGAAUUUGGAAAUCACACAAAUAAAGUACCAUUUGAGAACCCCGAAGAUGCCAUUUUACUACGGGCAAUGACAAGAUCUCUAAUGGAAUUUUCCUUUGUUGACUGGAACAAAGUAGCCACCUGUCAGGAAAGACGGCUUGAAAACAAAGUAGAAGAACCCCAUGAGAAGCUGACAGUCCAAUUUAGAUGAGUGCUUUCUUCCUUAAGAAAAAAAUUAUUCCUCUCUCUAUUAUGGAGAUAAGCCUCUUAAGUAACUUAAUAUCUGUAUAAAACGAGUACACUAAAACAUGCGUCAAAUUAAAUGAACUUCCAGCAAAAAAGAUAUUAGUGUAACAUUCCUUUUAUCAUCAGAUAUGUAAUAUGGAGAGUGAAGAAAUUAAGAAAACAAAUGAUAAAUAGUGGAAAUGUUACAGUAAAUGUUGCUUGAAAUGCAAUUCUUACCAUGCUUUUGUUAUCAGAAAUUAUUAAAGCUAAACUGCAAGUUCAUUUUUAAGAAA